GUCCCAACGCCCCCCCCGUGCCCCCCAGAUCAACGAGCUGGCGCAGGUGCCCCUGCCCGUGAUGCUCCUCCCCGACGACUUCAAGGCCAGCUCCAAGAUCAAGGUCAACAACCACCUGUUCAACAGGGAGACCCUGCCCAGCCACUUCAAGUUCAAGGAGUACUGCCCGCAGGUGUUCCGCAACCUGCGCGAGCGCUUCGGCAUCGACGACAUCGACUACCAGGUGUCCCUGACCCGUCACCCCCCCCGCUGGUCCCAAACCUCGCCCCGGUUGUUGCUCUCGGCCGACCGGACGCUGGUGCUGAAGGAGCUCAGCAGUGAGGGCGUGGCUGACCUGCACGGGCUGCUGGCACAUUAUCACCAGGUGAGGGGACAUGGGGGACAGGGGGGGACACACAGGGGACAUGGGGACACACAGGGGACAUGGGGGGACACAGGGGACAUGGGGACACACAGGGGACAUGGGGGGACACAGGGGACAUGGAGACACGCAGGGGACAGGGGGAAGGGGAAGGAGCUGCCCACGCUGAAGGACGUGGAUUUCCUCAACAACAACGAGAAGGUGUUUGUGGGGCAGGAGCAGCAGCGACACUUCAUGGACAAGCUGCGCAGGGACGUGGAGUUCCUGGUGCAGCAGAAGCUGAUGGGGUACAGCCUCCUGCUGGGCAUCCACGACCUGGAGCGGGGCGAGCAGGACGAGGAGGAGGAGCCGGAGGAGGAGGAGCCCCCCGGGGACGAGGGGGGGUGGGGGCCCUACGGCACCUCCCCCGAGGGGCUGGGGGGGCUCCUCAACUCCUACAGACCCCCCGGGCCAGGGGACUUCGACCCCACCGUGGACGUGUAUGGGGUCAGGGGGGCUGAGGGAGCCCCCCGCAGGGAGCUGUACUUCAUGGGGCUGGUGGACGUGCUCACUCAGUACGACGCGCGCAGGAAGGCGGCGCACGCGGCCAAGACCGUCA